CCAGACGUCAUGAGCACGAGAGAUACCAACACCCAACAAGACCUUUGAUCCACCGGGGAAUCCACAACGAUCACCGAGGAAAUGUCGUCAAGUCAAUUGCUGGCUCUACCCAAUACCGAAGCAGUUCGUCGGCACCGAGCAAUCUCUACGCCCUCGAGACCGUCACAAGAUAUCGUUCCGACAUUGAAGGCUAUUAGAGAGGAGAAUCAUGGACUCGAAAGUAUAGAGAAGCCGAUACCCACGGCUACGAGACCGAGGAGAGAAAGCAAACAUCUGUUCCAUCGUCUGGAUUUCGAGUACCGUCUGACGGCGUUUGACCCACACAACACAGAGCGCUCCAAAACCUCCUUCAAAGGCUUCUUCAUCCUCUUCUGGCUCGGACUCUCGCUACUCGUCCUCACCACUCUCCUCCGCAACCUCAAAGAAACCGGUCGGAUCUUCGGAACCUCCGUUGCCACUCUCUUCAUUCACAAUGUCCAAGAAGUAGCAAUGACAGACGCAGCGAUGAUUCUAUCAACCUUCUACGUCAUUCCAAUUCAAGUCGCUUGCUCGAAAGGGUGGAUCAAUUGGAACGGGAUGGGUCGUGUCCUUCAUUACAGCUUGCAAUGGGCUUGGUUCGGAGCGUGUAUGGUCGUUGCAUCAGUUCGUGAUUGGAGCUGGACUGCGAUCGCGUUCUUUACGCUGCACAGUAUCGUCAUGCUCAUGAAAAUUCACUCCUAUGGUUCAUACAACGGGCAUUUGAGUGUGAUCCGCAAGCAGUUGAACGCACUCAAGAAGGCCGAGACGGUUGAGAACGAGGGUUUGCAUGCUGCGAAGAAGGAAAUCUUGACGUUGGAGUUGACGUCGACAUUGGGACAUGUGACGUACCCUGCCAACUUGAAGAACCCGGUCUGGAAUUACGUCGACUACCUGCUCGUUCCGACACUCUGCUACCACAUCGAAUACCCUCGCACACCUCACGGUAUCCGAUGGGGUUAUGUCGCAGAGAAAGCUUUGGCAACCUUCGGCACAAUCUUCCUUCUCGCCAUUACGGUCGAACACCACAUCAUGCCAAUUCUCACCCAAGCCUCAAAAGAUCUCGCUGAGGAACCGAGCGCCCUUACCUCUGGCCUCAUCUUCGCUGAAGCCCUCAGUGCCCUUCUCUGGCCUUACAUGCUGGUUUUCCUCCUCGUUUUCUAUAUCAUUUUCGAGUGCAUUCUCAACGUCUUUGCAGAGGUAACCUGUUUCGCUGAUCGCUUGUUCUACGACGACUGGUGGAACUGCGCAAACUGGGAGUCCUUUGCUCGCAUGUGGAACAAACCCGUUCACCAUUGGCUACUUCGUCACGUUUACAUGCCAUGUCGUCCCAGACUCUCUCGAGGUGGAGCGACGAUGAUGACGUUCUUUAUCUCGGCGGUGUUGCAUGAGCUUGUAAUGGGGAUGAUUACGAGGAAGGUUAGGGGGUAUGGGUUCUUUUGUCAGAUGUUGCAAGUUCCGUUUAUGGCCAUUCAAAGGAGUAAGUUUAUGAGGGAUAAGGAGUUGCUAGGGAAUGUGUUGUUUUGGCUGAGUAUGAUUACAGGGUUGUCUGGCAUGACUUACAUGUACGUUUUAUACUGA